AUGGUCUAUACCAGACCAGAUUUAGCUCAUUGUUUAAGUGUUGUCAGUAGAUAUAUGGUUGAUCUAGUGAGUUAUCAUUGGCAAGCAAUCAAGUGGAUUCUGAGAUAUGUUAAAGGAAUCAUAUCAUAUGGGCUGUUAUAUACUAAACCCUUAAGUAAUCAAGAGGUUCUCACAGGUUUUGUGGAUACAGAUUAUGCAACUGAUAAAGACAAGAAAAGAUCAUUGUCUGGUUUAGUUUUCAAGUUAUUUGGAAACAAAGUGAGCUGGAAAUCAUCCUUACAAUCAAUGGUUGCUUUAUCAACCAUAGAAGUUGAAUAUAUGGCUCUAACUGAAGCUUUUAAAGAAGCUAUCUGGCUUAAUGAGUUAGUAGAAGAAUUUCAGAUUUCCUUAAAGGAUGAUUUGGUGAUUUUUUGUGAUAGUCAAAGUGCAGAUUUUUGUCAAAGGAAUCAGACCUACCAUGAAAGAACAAAGUAUAUAGAUGUUAGGUUCCAUUUCAUAAUAGAUGUAAUUGCAGAAGGGAGAGUAAGGAUUGAGAAAAUUUCAUCCUCUGAAAAUGCAGUUGAUGUCUUAAGAAAGACUCUACCUGUAAAUAAACUUAAGAGUUGUUUGAAGGCUCUCAAGGUUGGUUCUUUAUGA